AUGCCGAACCACGCAAAGGGCACGGCAACUGCGAGCGCGAUGCCGAACCACCUAAAGGGCACGGCAACUGCGAGCGCGAUGCGGCCGAAGCAGGUCUUUGCAGACGAGAACAUCGUGCAGGAGCCCUUAGCAAAUCCUCAUCGAAUCCGACAAAGGGGGUUGAACAGGGUGCCGUCGCUUCGUGGAAAGGAGAUGGCAGACACACGUUCAAGCUCUGUCUUGUCACGGAAGCACCUUGGAAAGGAGAGAUCGCACAAGCUAAAGGAGAAGGUGGAUACAGGCUUGAUUCCGCCAUCAUACAAGCAUAAUGCAAAGGUGAAGAUGUGCCCCCCUGAUCAGCUCCGCCAUCAUAUACAGGUUAUCCAGCGGCCUGUCAAGACUGAAUCACGUCUUGCCAGAGAGAUGUCUCAGAAGUUAAGGGAGAAGGUGGAUACUGGCUUGAAUCCACAUAAGCAUAAUGCAAAGGAGAAGACAAAGUGCGCUUCUGAUCAGGAUAUGUGGCCUUUCAAGACUGAAGCAUGUCUUGCCGGAGAGAUGUCUCGGAGGCGAAUGGAGAAGGUGGAUACAGGCUCGAAUCAACAGAAGCAUAGUGCAGAGAAGAAGAUGUGCGCUUCUGAUCAGGAUAUGUGGCCUUUCAAGACUGAAGCAUGUCUUGCCGGAGAGAUUUCUCAGAGGCGAAUGGAGAAAGUGGAUACAGGCUCGAAUCAACAGAAGCAUAGUGCAGAGAAGAAGAUGUGCCCCCCUGAUCAGCUCCACCCACAUACACAUGGUAUCCAGCGAAAAGAACGUCUUUCUGUAGAGAAGAAGCACACAAAAAGCAGUACAUCUUUUCCAGCGAAAAGAACAUCUCCACAACUCAGAACAAGGACAAGUUCCCGCUGUUCCGAUGCGGGUACCAGUCGUCACAUCGAUGCUCAUGACCAUGGCAACGCUGCUGCUAUCCAGGAACAGAAACAACAAUAUGCCGCAACACAGGUAGAAGAAGAUGUGGGCGACAUAAUCCAGAAGCUGAACGAACUGGGCUUGGGAGAGGACAUCGACUUUGAGGAAUACUAUGGAUACUUGCAGCAGCUGCCUCCCGACCGCCUUGUCGAUACCAAAACUGAAUUGAACCUUGAGGAUCACUUUAACAUGGACCUCCGCCAUGCGGUGUAUCGCAUCAGAUCCUACAAGUUGUUAAAAAAGGAGUCCAAGAAUGAGUUAUGCUGUGAUGAAUUGAAAGAGUGCCCUAUGGAGCUUCUUGACAGAGAAGAAUUUCCUACAGAUUUCCUUGUGAAGAUGCGAUAUUUUAGCUUCUUCGACAAUGAAGGCAUAUUAGACUGGUUCUUCGAUCCUGAUCUCUACAAGCUUGCUUGCGUGAAUGACUACCAGCGUCUAAUCCCUCGGAAGCAUAGUGCUUAUGAGUACGCUGGUUGGGUUGUGUACCGCGGUUACCUCCAUAGCUACGAGAUGCAAUAUGAAUACAUCGAGUACUUCGAAACAUUAUUAAGGGAACUUAAGUGGUUGAAAGAUUGUCUACCGAGCAAGUUUUCAGCUCUUUCUGUAAGCAAGAUACGCACCAGAGGAAUUUAUCAAGCAACUAAGAUCGCCACUCGCUUUUUCAAGAUCACAACUCAUUUAGCUCGUAUUGGCUUCCGUGAUUGUUUUAACUACAUGUGCAUUGAGGCUACUUGGUGUAACGGGUCCGAUGGUCUCUAUUUCGAGAUUUGGAAGCGGGUCACUCAACAAAAGGAGAGUUUCAGAGAUAGCUUGAAGGAAGUCACUAAGCUGAACAAGUGUCCAUCACUACAAGAUAGCAUAAAAUAUGCCAUGGAGCAUGACUGUUCCGUGAUGGAAACGGCAUUUCUUCGUUGCACGGUAGGGGCAGGCAUUACAAAGGAAGUACCAGAGGAUAAAGCUCAGGAGUUGAUUGCAGAGGCAGUUGAAAAGCAGAGGAUAAAACCCAAAUUCUAUGAUGGGUAUAUCAGAAAGAAGAUCGACAUUGCCAAAGCUAUAGGAAUGAUUACUGAGGAUAGUUCCACAGAUACUUUGAAGGACGACGAUAAGCUGAGCAGGUGUCCGUCAUUCCAACAUAGCAUAAAAUAUGCCUUAGAGGAGGACUGUUCUGUGAGGGAAUGGACGGUAUCAGAGGAUAAAGGUCAGGAGUUGAUUGCAGAGGCAGUUAAAAAGCUGAGGAUAAAACCCGAAUUCUGUGAUGAUAUCAGAGAAGAUAGAAAUUGCCAAACCUGUGGGAAUGAUCACUGUGGAAUGAAAAGACCUAAUGGGUAUCGCUUUUCAUAG